AUGUGCUCUAGUCAAGCAGAAGGGACUAUCCAGCAUCAACACCCUGCUGAGGCCCCAAGCAAGGGUCAGAGCCAGACCAAGAAUGACAAGGAUGAGAUCCAGGUGCAGACUCAUUUACAAACGUCUGGCGUCGUCCAAGACCCCAGCUCUUCUGCUCACCCAUUUUGUGAUUUCAAGACGGCAGCCCUGGCUCCGGAGUCACACAGGAAGAAGGGGGAAAGGACAAGACGACUCUGCCUUGGCUUGGAAGUUAGGGCAGAGGGAGCUGGAGCGAGGGUGAAGCAAAACCUCCCAGCCUGGACGCAGACCGACAGCAAAAGCUUCAUUGAGCAAGUCAUUAAGUAUUUCAAGGACUAUGUGAGGAGAGAGGCUCUGGAACUCCUGCUGACUGAAGGUGGAGUCUGGGAGAGUCUGUUGGCAGAGGCUGGUUUGUCCAGGGAUGAGGCAAAUGAGCUCUAUGAAGCUCUGAGAAAGCUUAUGACAGUCAUGGCCACGGAGGACAAAGCCAUGCUCCAGAAAGAAGAGCAGGAUAGAAAGAGGUUUUUGAACGAGUUUCCUCAGACGAAAAUGGAGCUUGAGGAGCUCAUAGGAAAGCUCCACGCCCUCGCAGACAAGGUUGACAAGGUACACAGGGACUGCACCAUCUCCAACGUGGUGGCCACCUCCACCAGCAUUGUCUCUGGCAUCCUGACCAUCCUUGGCCUGUCUCUGGCACCGGUGACAGCAGGGGCCAGUCUGGUGCUCUCGGCAACUGGGAUGGGGCUGGGAACAGCGGCUGCUGUGACUGGCGUUUCCAGCAACAUUGUGGAUUACUCAAGCAGUUUGUGGGCAAAAGCCGAAGCUGACCACCUAGUGUCAGCCGGCAUCAGCGGGGAGGAGCUUGUUAUGAAGGUUGUGGGUCACGCUGCAUCCGAAAUUAAAUCCGUGACCGAGAAAUGCAUCCCACUCAUCCAACGCAUUGGGAAACACAUCCGCGCCAUCAAGAAAGCCAAAGCCAACCCUCACUUACUAGCCGAGGCCAAGAGCUUCAUGACCGCCGGGACAGCCUCAGUCCAAUGCAGUGGGCAGGUGCAGGAAGCAUUUGGAGGCACUGCUCUGGUGAUGACCAAAGGAGCCCGCAUCGCGGGUGCGGCCACUGCAGGUGUUCUCCUUCUGGCAGAUGUGAUCAGCCUUGUCAAAGAGUCAAAGCACUUGCAUGAAGGGGCAAAGGCAGAGUCAGGGAAAGAGCUGAGGCAGCGGGCUCAGGAACUGGAGAAAAAAUUAGAGGAGCUCACCCAGAUCCACAAGGGUCUGCAGCUCCCGCCAAACUAAGUGACCCUCCACAGCAGCUCAGAGAUCAGGGCAGAUGUGCUGGACAAAGACAUGGGCAAAAUAGAGGCAUAUGAUUAGAGGGAAAAAAAGGGUGAGGUAAAGUUUAUGGAACUGGGCAUUAAGUAUUUGGCAUUUCUGUAGCUGAGCACAGUGUAUUAGUUUCUGUUGCUUAUAACAAAAUACACGGAACUGGUGAUUUAUAAGAAAACAAAAUUCAUUGC